UCCGAACGAGUGUUUGCGAUUUCCAACGCGUGUCAGACGAUGAACUAAACGUGUCUUUUCUGAAUAAAACCACGAGCGCAGAGGAGGAGGAGCAGUGACGCGCGUGCGUUAGUUCACAGGAGAGGUGGUGAUAUGGCUGGAAGCAGCGAAAUAUCAGAAGGAGAAUUAAUAAAAGAGGAAGAGGAGGAAUGUGAUGUCUUUGAGUUUGGUGAUGACCUGGAGCUCAACCCGUUUGAUGGUUUGCCAUAUUCCUCCAGAUAUUACAGACUUCUGCAGGAGAGAAAGACUCUGCCCGUUUCUAAACACAGACAUGAAUUCAUGACCUUCCUUGAAAAACAUCAGAUGAUUAUAGUGUCGGCCACAACUCACAGUGGGAAAAGCACACAGAUCCCGCAGUGGUGUGCAGAAUUCUGUCUGUCUGCGCAGUACCAGCAUGGCGUGGUCGUGUGCAGUCAGAUCCAGAGACAGCAGGUUGUAGAUCUGGCCCUCCGUGUAGCCGAUGAGAUGGAUGUCAACAUCGGUCAUGAGGUCGGAUACAGCAUCCCACUGGAGUCGUGCUGCUCCAACGAUACUGUUCUCAGGUAUUGUACCGAUGAUAUCCUGCUGAGGAAGAUGAUGUCCGAUCCCCUCCUGGAGCAUUAUGGGGGGGUGGUGAUAGACCAGGCCCACGAGAGGACCGUGAGCACUGACGUUCUGCUGGCUCUGCUCAGAGAGGUUCUCCUCCAGCGGCCCGAGCUCAGGGUGGUGGUUCUGACCUCACCGCCCGCGUCAGACGCGCUCCUCGCGCAUUACGGGAACGCUCUGCACCUGCGUGUGGACGCGCCGCGGGCGGGUGAGGUGGUCUACGGCAACGGCAGCAGAACGGAAAGCUUCUAUUCGGCUCUGAGACUCACGCUGGAGGUCCAUAGAUCAGGAGAACGUGGAGAUGUGGCCGUGUUUUUAGCUUCUGAUCAGGAUGUUGUGCGUGCCUGUAAUAUUCUUGUUAAAGAAGUAGCCAGAAUGAGCGCCAGUCUGGGAGAACUGGUACCAGUAACCCUUUGCCCGGGAAAUCCCGGAAUGUGUCCACCAAUCGCAGAAAACAAGAGGUGUAGGCGGGUCUUUCUCUCCUGUAGCCAAUCAGAAGAGUUCUUCUGGCAAAUGGACAGCAUUAAAUUUGUCAUCGAUACUGGAGUGGAAAAAACAUUUGUGUAUAAUCCACGCAUGAGGGCCAGUUCAGAAGUGCUUCGACCGAUCAGUAAAUGUCAGGCAGAAAUGCGUAAACAUCUCGCUGGAUCAACAGGCAAAUGCUUCUGUUUGUACCCCGAGGAGACUCGGCUGCCCCCUGACGUUCCCCCUCGGAUGCUGGAAUCAAACCUCACAUCCACUGUGCUCUAUCUGAAGAGGAUGGAAGUGGCCGGGCUCGGUCAAUGUGACUUUAUCAGCCGGCCAGAUCCAGAAGGACUCAUGCAAGCGUUAGAGGAGCUGGAUUAUCUGGCAGCGUUGGAUGAUGAUGGAAAUCUGUCAGAGAUGGGCAUCAUCAUGUCAGAGUUUUCUCUAGAUCCUCAGAUGGUUAAAGCUCUGCUGGCGUCCUGUGAGUUUGACUGCGCUAGUGAGAUGCUGACCAUCGCUGCGAUGCUUACAGCACCGAGCUGCUGCAUCGAGCCUCCUGUCGGCAUGGUAACAGAAGCCAUGAGAUGUCAUCUGAAGUUCCAGCAUCCUGAGGGAGAUCACUUCACCCUCGUUAACAUCUACAACACCUUCAAACGCUACCAGAAGGAGCCAUAUUUCAGUCAGGAGAAAUGGUGCCAGAAUUACUUCCUGUGUUGUGCGGCGCUGCAGACGGCAGACGCCAUCCGAGCAGAACUGACAGACAUUCUCAAACGGAUCGAGCUUCCCAUUUCUGAACCUUCCUUUGGUACCAAGACCAACGCCAUCAGCAUCAAGAGGGCUCUGCUCGCCGGAUACUUCAUGCAGAUUGCCAGAGACGUGGACGGAUCGGGGAAUUACUUCAUGCUGUCUAAUAAACACGUGGCUCAGGUUCAUCCUCUGUCUGGUUAUGGUGCCAAAGCUCGCAAACUGGGUCUGCCGGAGUGGGUUCUGUUCCACGAGUACAAACUUUCUGAUAACCGCAUCAGAACCGUCACACACAUCUCCCCACAGACGUUUGUUCAAAUGGCUCCGCAGUAUUUUUUCUGUAACCUGCCGCCAAGUGAGAGUAAAGAAAUCCUGCAGCACAUUUUGGACAGCGAUCGUUCAGGAGGUUCGAACAGACGGCCAAAAUCUCAACCUGCUGCCACGGAAACCCAGAAAGGCUCGGAAGAGUCUGAAUCACAUGAUCGAUGCGUCAUACAGUGAACGUGUUAUAACACAUGACCUCACUUGA